UUAGUAUUUUCAAUGAAUAUAAACAGUAUUUCAGGAAAAAUAAACUAUAACAUAGUUUAAUUUAUAGGUUUACACAUAUGAUAAUCUUUACAGUAUUUAUAUUUUCCUGAAAAUCAACUUUUAAGCCAAGUAAAUGUAGCCACAGCAGUCAUUACCAAAUAUGGAGUUCGCUCGUUUUCCCAACCGUCUUCCCUUCAGUCCUUAGUAGUCUCUCAGUUUUAUUUUAUUUAGCUUAAUUUGUGUUGUUAUCAAAUGAAUUCAUUGCAUUUUUAUGUGUAAAUAGUGUUAUUUUGUUAAAUAAAAAUGUCUUUUAGAGUGGUCCGUAGUUCUAAAUUCCGCCACGUAUACGGGCAGGCCCUAAAGCGGGAGCAAUGUUAUGAUAAUAUCCGAGUUUCCAAAAGUUCAUGGGAUUCUACGUUCUGUGCAGUUAAUCCCAAGUUUUUGGCGAUAAUCGUAGAAUCUGCUGGAGGAGGAGCCUUCAUAGUUCUACCGCACAAUAAGGUGGGCCGCAUCCCGGCGGACCACCCGCUGGUGGGGGGGCACAAGGGGCCGGUGCUGGACAUCGCGUGGUGCCCCCACAACGACAACGUCAUCGCCAGCGGCUCUGAGGACUGCGUUGUUAAGGUGUGGCAAAUCCCGGACGGCGGCCUCUCGCGCACCCUCACCGAGCCCGUACUGGACCUGGUGUACCACCAGCGGCGCGUGGGGCUCGUGCUGUGGCAUCCCACCGCGCAGAAUGUACUGCUCACCGCCGGCUCCGACAACCAGAUAGCGAUAUGGAACGUGGGCACGGGCGAGGUGAUGGUGCACCUGGACUGCCACCCGGACCUCAUCUACUCGGCGUGCUGGAACUGGACCGGCACCAAGCUGCUCACCACCUGUCGCGACAAGAAGAUACGUAUAAUCGACCCGCGCAAGGGCGAGGUGGAGUCGGAGGCCAUCGCUCACGAGGGCAGCAAGGCGUCGCGCGCCAUCUUCCUCAAGCAUGGACUGGUGUUUACCACCGGUUUCAGCAGAAUGUCCGAGCGCCAGUACUCCCUGCGCACCCCGGACGCGCUCAACGAGCCCAUAGUGACCGUGGAGAUCGACACCAGCAACGGAGUCAUGUUCCCGCUGUACGACCCGGAUACGAACAUGAUCUAUUUGUGCGGGAAAGGAGACUCCGUUAUACGAUACUUUGAGGUGACUCCUGAGCCUCCGUUCGUCCACUACAUCAACACCUUCCAAACGCCGGACCCUCAAAGAGGUAUCGGCAUGAUGCCGAAGCGUGGUUGCGACGUGGCCACCUGCGAGAUCUCCAAGUUCUACCGGCUCAACAACUCCGGACUCUGUCAGGUGGUGUCAAUGACGGUGCCGCGCAAGUCGGAGCUGUUCCAGGAGGACCUGUACCCGGACACGCUGAGCGACGAGGCGACGCUCACGGCGGACGAGUGGCUCGCGGGCGGGGAGGCCGAGCCGGCUACCAUGUCGCUGAAGGAGCGUGCUUUGGUCGUGCAGGGCGGCUACGCUUCGGGCCGCGGGCAGCAGCUGACUGUGACGAGGAAGACCAACGCGCUGGCUGCGGGCAAGGACAAGGACAAGGACAGGAGCCCCACGCCGGCCGGGAAGGACACGCCGAGGGAUACCCCGCCGCCGGUCGCGCCUCAUGUUGAGAAGCUCCUCUCCGACUUAGCAGACGAGAUCCGCAAACUCAAGUCCGUCAUAGUGAAGCAGGAGAACCGGAUUCGCGCUCUCGAGGCCAACGCUAAGGCGGCCGAGGCCCCCGCCCCCGCGCCCGCGCCCACCCCCUCCCCGCAGCCGGACACCAACCACGGCUCGGAGGCUGAUGUCAUGGCGCCUGAUGAGGUCUAGGGAGCUGGGUUCAUGUUUAUGCACUUGCAGGUGAAGUUGGGGACAUAAGCAAUCGACUAUUCUUACAAUCUCCAAACAGCAACUGAUAUACCUUACGCAGAAAUGUUACAAACUUGAGUCAUGACGCGCACUCCAAAUGUAAACCCAUGGUUUAUGCAGCAUGUCUUAUUUGUCAAUCAUGUGUCAGAUUAUUAAAGUAAUAAAUGUCAGAUUUGACAGUUAAGAAAUUCUGAUAGAUUGUUGAUUGCUUAUGUGCGAUGGUAGUGAUAGAUUUAUGAAGAUUCUGAUAAAUUUUAUUACAACAGAUAUUGCGCAGUAUACGUCGGUUGGUUAAAGUUGCAAUGUAGACAACUUAUACUCAUCAGGAACAAGUUGUAACAAUCUCGACGGUGCCCGUAAUAGAACAAGAUUUUAAAUUGAAGUUUUUUAAUGAAGUUGACUUGUGCAUAAAUAUGAAGAAAAAAAUCUUUGUUAAAUUGAUAUUAUUAUUGUAUCUUACCAAUACAUAUUGUAAAAUCAUGAACUAAAUUACAAUAUGAAUUGGUUUUAUUUUAAAAUACAGUAUCAAUUGACUUCAUGCAAUGACUUACAAAUGAGGACGUAACACAUGAAUAGAAACUUAAAUAUAAGGACAUAAAGUAGGUUUCUGUUCGACUAUCAUGACGCGAUUACAUCUAUUUAUAAUAAUAAUUGAAAAUGUUUGUAAAUAUGUAAGCGUAACAUGGAAUCUAUGUGAUGUGCAGGACAAUAAUUAGAUAAAAUAAUGUGCCUUAAUAUCAUGCUGUGCUAUAGUUAAUGUCACAAACAAAUUCUCAUGGGCUAAGACCUAAAGAGAAUACACAAAA